UGCCAUGUCGUCGAGCUCACCACCGCCACCGACGUACCCGACGAUCCCGCUCUCGCCGCGCACCGUCGUGCAGACCGGCACGCCGGGCGUCAAGCAGCUCCUCGAGCGCAACAAGGAGUGGGCCAAAGCCAUGCGCGCCAACGACCCCAACUUCUUUGCCAAGCUCGUGGACCAGCAGUCGCCCGAGAUCCUCUGGAUCGGCUGCUCCGACUCGCGCGUGCCAGCCAACGAGAUCCUCAAGCUGCCGCCCGGCGAGGUGUUUGUGCAUCGCAACAUUGCCAACCAAGUGAUCUCGACGGACCUCAACUGCCUGUCUGUGAUCGAGUACGCGGUCAAGUUUCUCAAAGUCAAGCACAUCAUCGUGUGUGGCCACUACGGCUGCGGCGGCGUCAACGCUGCCUUGUCCCAGGAAGAGUUUGGCCUUGUCGACAACUGGCUCCGUAGCAUCAAGGACUUGUACAUCGAGAACGCCCGGAAAUUUCUCGACAUUGACAACCCUGCGAUCAAGUCGGACUUGCUUAUCGAGGAGAACGUCGCGCGCAGCGUGUACAACGUCUGCCACACGCGCAUCGUGCAGCGAGCGUGGGAGCAAGGCCAGGAGCUCAACGUGCACGGCUGGUGCUACCGCCUCAAGGACGGCAUCAUCCGGGAUCUCAACAUUUGCAUCUCGGGCAUGGACCAAGUCGAAUCCAUUUACCGCCGCAUGAUGGAGAAGAAGAAGCCCGAGGCCUAGUACUCUGUCGAUAUACAAGUGUGUCGUCGAUUGUCUCUUUUCUUUCGAGCUGGCAGCGUCUCGAGCCUCCCUUGUGACCAGACCUCUGGAUAUGCCAUCCCCUUUAUAUACUACGUUGAUCGGUUCAAAAG